AUGGCGGGGUGGGCCGCGGGGCCUCCUGUCUCAGACGAUGGCUCGAGGUCGAGGACUGCUUCAUCAGCAGGCGAAUGGGUUGAGUUCGAUGAGCUUGGACCGUUGACAAUUGACGAGAUGCCUUUACUUAGAAGACAUGAUGAUGAUGCGGACGACCACGACUUGGCGGACGACGACCCAAGCACAGCACUGCGCAUGUCCGCGGAACUACCAUUGCUCCCAAAUCAUCCAUCUACAUCCGACAAGUCGCUCGCAGCGGCUGGUAGUCGCGGCUCAGGCUUCAGCUUCCGGCAACGGCGGUUACCACAUGACGCCGACGCUAUAGCGACGCAGUCGUCCGUCUUCGACAACCCUGAUACCGCCAAGCACUACCAGCCACGCUCGGACUGGGAGAACAUCCAUCGCUUCGACCCGAGCGCGCGUUGGAGCUGGAGCGAGGAGGACAGCAUCGUCCGGAAGAUCGACUACAAGAUCAUGCUGUUUACCUGUAUCAUGUUCAUGGUGUUGGAGCUUGAUAGAGCCAAUCUGACGCAGGCGGUGACUGACAACUUCCUGGACGAUUUAGGGCUUGACACUAAUGAUUACAACUGGGGCAACACAAUCUUCAAAUUCAGCUUCCUCUGCGCAGAACUCCCAUCACAGCUCAUCUCAAAAUACCUUGGUCCCGACCGGUGGGUCCCACUGCAGAUGACACUAUGGAGCAUUGUAGCCUGCAGCCAGUUCUGGCUCUCUGGACGCGGCACAUUCCUCUUCACCCGGGCCCUUCUCGGCACUCUACAGGGAGGCUUCAUCGCCGACAUGAUUCUCUACCUCUCCUAUUUCUACAAGCACGGCGAGUUGAGCAUCCGCCUCGGCUUCUUCUGGACCGCGGGAUCACUGUCCGACAUCCUCGCGAGCAUUCUAGGCGCUGGCCUUCUCAGAUUACGAGGCGUGGCCGGUCUAGCCGGCUGGCGAUGGCUAUUCCUCAUCGAGGGCCUGCUCACCCUCAUUGUAGGCCUCAUCGCAUUCCCAAUGAUGCCUCCCGGCCCCUGUGAGACUGCCGGUUGGUUCCGCGGUCCCAACGGAUGGUUCACACCCCGCGAAGAAACCAUAAUGGUGAACCGCAUCAUCCGCGAAGACCCCAGCAAAAGCGGCAUGCACAACCGCGAGCCCAUCACGCUCUCCCUCCUAUGGCAGUCCCUGACCGACUUCGACCUCUGGCCCCUCUACGUCCUCGGCCUCAACUUCGAAACACCCCUGACCACACCCUCGCAAUACCUCACCCUCAUCCUCCGCAGUCUAGGCUUCAGCACACUAACAACCAACCUCCUCGUCGUCCCCUCCCAACUAGGCCACAUCCUCACCAUGCUCCUCUUCGCGUAUCUCGCCGAAGUCGUCGGCCAGCUAUGGCUCUUCGGCCUCCUCGCCCAAUUCUGGCUCCUCCCCAUGCUAGCCAUAAUCUACACCUACGACCUGAACGCCAUGAACCCCUGGCAUGCAUGGCUCAUCCUCACCGUACUCCUCGCCUGCCCAAACGUCCACGCAAUCCAAGUCGGCUGGAACAGCCGGAACUCGAACUCGGUUCGAGCCCGGACUGUCAGCGCCGCGCUGUACAACAUGGCGGUGCAGACGAGUGGCAUAAUUGCGAGCCAGAUCUAUCGCGAGGACGAUCGCCCGAGGUAUCGGAGAGGCAAUCGCACGCUGAUUGCGCUUUGUGUGCUGAACAUCGGGUUGUAUUUUACUACAAAGGUGUACUAUACAUGGCGCAAUCGUCAGAAGGAGAAGACAUGGAGUGUGAUGACUGACGGCCAGAAGGCGAGGUAUCUUGAGGCAAACAAGGAGAAGGGGAACAAGAGGCUAGACUUCCGCUUCGCGUCGUGA